AAUUCAAAGCUAGAAGCAGCAGAAAUGGAUCAACAAGCCUCAGCAAUCCCACACGUACUCGUCUUCCCACUCCCAGUUCAGGGUCACAUCACCUCCAUGCUCAAACUCGCUGAGCUCCUCUGCCUCGCCGGCGGCGGCGGCAUCCGGGUCACCUUCCUCAACUCCGACUACAACCACAAGCGCCUCCUCCAGUCCUCCGACGCCGAAUCCCGGUCCCGAAACUACCCCGGGUUCCGGUUCGAAACCUUCGACGACGGUCUUCCUAUGGACCAGCUCACCAAGGGCGAGAAGGUCUCCGAAUUGCUCGGAGAAAUGGACUCGAAAACCCGGCCAGUUUUCACAAAUUUGCUGGUUCAGAUCCAACCACCGGUCACCUGCGUCAUCGGAGAUGGCUCUUUGGGGUUCAUCAGCGACGUUUCGUUGGAAAUUGGGAUUCCGAUUAUUCGAUUCCGCACCAUCAGCCCUUGUUUCUUCUGGAUUAAUUUCUGGCUGCCGGAAGUUAUCCAGGCCGGCGAGCUCCCAAUCAAAGGAGAGGAAGAUAUGGAGAGGCUGAUUACAAAAGUGCCAGGAAUGGAAUCUUUCCUAAGGUGCAGGGAUCUACCCGGGUACUGCCGGGCAGGUACCGACGACCCGACCAUGAUUCGGGUCGUAAAGGCGACGAGAGAAUCUUCUUCACCGGCGUAUCCUCUCAUCCUCAACACGUUCGACGAUUUGGACGGCCCAAUUCAGGCCCGAAUCCGCCAACGCCUCCCCAAAACCUACACAAUUGGGCCGGCCCACGAACACCUGUAA